GCUUACUUCAGUUUUCAGUUCAGUCGGUUCAAUUUGUCAAUUAGUCAUAAGGAACGAUCUGUCAUAGUCAUUUGCUUGCACUCGUUUCGUCUGUUGGUGUCGGUGUUUAGUUGGAGAUGUUAAUAGUAGUAUGACAUGGAUGGAAUGUAGUAAUCUAAAAUUGUUAAAAUUUUGAUAAAGAAGAAACCUUUGUGAUAGACAUGAAUACGAUAGGACUAAGUCUUAUAAUGAGAAUGGGAUGUUUGUGCACUAAAGAAGUAAUCACAAUAAAUUCCCAGAAAUUUUAUGUUGUUGAAUCCUUGGGGGAAGGAGGCUUCAGCGUGGUGUUACUUGUUGAAAAUACACGAACUAGAAAGAGAUAUGCUGUGAAGAAGAUUGUAUGUCAUAGCGUAGAAGAUCAGAAGUUAGCCAUGGAGGAGAUAGCCUACCACAAGCAGUUUGACCACCCUAACAUAAUCAAAUGUUUAGACUCCUGCUAUGAAGGUACUCCUGAUCCUGUGGUCAAUUCCACCAGUGAGGUGUUGUUACUGCUGCCAUACUAUGCUAAAGGAACGCUGGCGGGGGAGCUGGAGCGGAGACAGAGUAGACGGCAGCAUCUAGAGACCACUGAAGUGCUGAGGAUAUUCCUGCAGGUGUGUGAGGCAGUGAGAGCCUUCCACGAGGCAGAACCCACGCCUCUUGCUCACCGGGACCUCAAGACUGCCAACAUCCUCUUAGAUGUGGACAAUUCACCUGUCAUCAUGGACCUUGGCUCAGUUGCCCCAGCGGGAGUUAAGGUUGCAGGAGGCAGCGAAGCGCAGCAGCUGCAGGACUUGGCUAGCGAACGUUGUUCCAUGCCUUACAGAGCACCAGAACUGUUUCAUGUAGAAAGCUACUGUAUGAUAGAUCAGCGCACGGAUAUUUGGUCGCUGGGCUGUGUCCUAUAUGCCAUGUGUUACUACAAAUCUCCUUUUGAUGCAGUCUAUGAGCGAGGAGACUCUGUAGCCCUGGCUGUUAUCAGUGCCAAUGUCACAUUCCCGGAAAUUACUCCUUACCCUGAGGAGAUGCACCAGCUGAUAUCUCUAAUGCUCAAAGUGAACCCAAUGGAGCGGCCGUACAUCUACACUGUGAUAGAGAAGACGCAGGACUUGCUGACCAAGUACAGAGCGACAGCCUAGGGCCUGACCAAGGACCUGGAUGAGAUUAUUUCUUUUAGAUAAUUAUUUAUAGCAAUUCAUUAGUUAGGGAGUUUGGUGAACAUUAUUUUUGUCAGUUGAGUCUUGAAAUGUAAAUAAAGUUAACACUCAAAGCUGGUGACCAUUGGUAGGUGGAUAGAUCAGUGUGAAAGUCUAAAUGUGUUCAGGCUAUUACCUGAGAUAGGAGUACGCUAGACUAUUACAUGAGAUAGGAGUACGCUAGACCAUGUAUCGCAAAACAGACUAGCUUAGACUGUUGAGUUUGUCCUAACCAGAUGGUAGUCAUCCUAUCUUCGAAUUCAAUCUUGUAAAAUGAAGAUUCGUGCAAAAUUUCAAAUCUAUAGAUCAAUUUGUUGUCAAGGUAUUCUACCAACAGACAAACGUGAAAUUGGUCGAGUGAUAAGGCUGAUUAAGUAAUAAUACUUAGUCAACAUUAUAAAUUUUCCACUCAUAAUACUGAUGAUGAACCUGCACUAAUUUCAAUUGCAUCUAAUUUAUCUUCAAUUUUUCUUCAUUUUCAAAUAAUUUUAAUGCUUUUAGUAUUAAUUUUAGUGUAAAUAAAAUAUAAAGGUUGCUUACAAUAUUUGUGUUAAAAGUAUUAUAAAAUUUUUUAUUAAAAUAAAUAAAAAGGUACUUAAUUACAAGUCUUUUUACAUACUUGUUAAAAGACUUACUAGUCAUAUUUGAAUAAUUACCAAUAAAAUGGUAAAACAAAAUGGCUGUUCCAAUUUUUUUAGUUGUGUGUGUGUUAUUUAUCUUUAAGUGAACGCUCAAUUUUUAAAACUAAAAUUUUAAAAUCUUUUAGCAGAAUUCAUUGUUUAAUUUACAGGUAAUUUUGUAAAACAGUAUAUAAAUCAAAUAGUUAAACAAUUUAAUUUGUGUAAGUGGCAACAUCCUAAUGUAAUAUAAAAUUGUAACUCACUUGCCAGUCAAAUAUGCUAUACACUAAUACACUCUGGCCUUUACUUUUUAUGAAUCAGUUUUUCAGAUUUGGCUGUUUCUGCUGUACACGUAAUGUUUACAUAAUAUAUAUUUAUAUAUAAUUAAAAGUUGUUAUAACUGAAAUAACCAGAAUUGGGUCACCAGCUUGAGUUAAUAUGUGUAUAGCAUUGAAGGUAAGAUGAGUCGAGUUCUGAGUGGUUGUUCCUGUGAUAAUAUUAUACAACAAAACUAUUUAAUUGGAUUUAAAAACAUAAUGUUGUAUACUAUGA